UGAAAAAUAGACGAUGAACUGUGAAAACCCACCUAAUCAAUAAAGUUAGUAACAAAAUAUAUGAAAGACUGUUAGGUAAUAUACUUUACCAUAAGGAUCAAUAGGAACAAAUCCCGCACCCCGGCCCAUGCUAGAGCAUUUAGAACGGGAUGAAUCACGGAAUGUGGGGAUUGGUUAGCAUGCUAACCCUUUUAAGGGUUGAAAAAAUGACACUCCUAUUAAUUAUAGUUAUUUUUUUGUAUUAAAUUCGUGUUGCAUUUAAUAAUCUUUGGAAAUUAAAAACUCAUCUUAAUUACAUUCCUUUUUUUUAACUACCAUUGCACUAAUACAACUACCAUUGCACUAAUACAAAUACCAUUGCACCUGUAUACUGAACUCAUAUUAGUUACGUUACUUUUUUGGAACUACCAUUGCACCUGUACACUAAUACCAUUGCAGUGAUACAACUACUAGUGCACUGAAAAAAGGAAAGUAAUUAAUAUGUAUUUUUAAUUCAUACAGAUUAUUAAAUGCAACACAAAUUAAUUAUCUUAAAAACCUAUAAUUAAUAGAGGGUGUCAUUUUAUUAUUAUAUAUUGAAUUUUCAUGUUAUUAUUUUGUGAUAAUAUUUUAUAAAUUGAUAAAUCUAUUUUAUAAUAAUAUAAUUACUUACUUUUUACUCUAUUUGUACCCCCCUACUUUUUCAUCUAAACAACAAUUUACCCCUCCACUUACACCCUCCACCAAGUUGCACCCCCCAACAAUUUACCCCUCAACUUGUACCCCUCGAACUUGCACCCCCUUGUUGCCAAACAUAAUAUUUGGGAGUAGGCAUGCUAUCUCAUCCCACGGAAUGUGCAAUCCAAUAGUGCAAACAAAUCAAUCGAGUUAAUGAAUCUUAAUAACAAUUUAAGCCAUGCUGCAAAUUGUAGCAAGUCUGAAGGACAAGAAAGGGAAUCCAGUGGUGGGGGAUGGAGUGGGGCAGUGGGCUCACUCAAUCCAAUCAAACCCCACGACUCUGAAUCUUCUUCUCCCAUUUCCAACCCAAAACCCUUCUUCCCCACUGACAAACUACAAGAUACUUUCCUUGAAAGCACCAAAGUUUACACUCAAUCCCAGAAAAAGCAAACCCAAACCCAAAAUUCUUUCCUUUCUUCUUCAACCGUCCGUAACCGUGAAGCUUCCCCCAAUAAUAAUGCAGUAAUAACCAGUCGUCCAAUCAAAGAAUCUAAAUCCUUCCUCCACAAGGAGUGCAGUGUAAUCCACCCACCCUUUCCCUUCCUUAUUUCCUUCUUUUAAAAACGCCGUGUCUUCUUCACUCUUGAGCUACCACAGAGGGAAGGGAGUUCGUCAAUGGCGUGAAAGCAACAAUCAAUCAAUCGGAAAUCCCCUCCCUUUCCCCCAACCCUUCUCCCAUAUCCCCAAUUAAAACAGACCCAUUUCAUCUGCUCCCUGAAAAAAACAUCAUCCAUUCCGACGAUCGCGCUUCGUGUUGUGGGCGUUUAUGACGGACGCGAGCAGGGGCGAGUACUGUCUUCUUAGCCGGCGGGAGGGUAGAGUUAGUUUCCGGCAACCUGGGAAAGGCGGGAGCGUAUUUCUUGGACGGGAGGAUCUUCGAUUGCAUCAAUGAGAUCACCUCGGCACUGGCCUUCGCUAGGAUGAACGAUUCCGCUUACCGAGUCGACACCACCUCUCGCCUCGCCCAAUGGCGGAUCGACAACCUCUCCUCUUGCUCUUACCGCAAAUCCGAUCCUUUCAAGAUCGGCAACUGGAAUUGGCAUUUAUCAGUGGAGAAGAACAGGGUGUUGUUUGUUAAACUGUAUCCAGAGAUAUCCAAUCUGACCAGAGAGAAUCCUCCCAUCGCAUCCUUUGUUAUUCGGGUUGUUUGCUCCGCUGGAGGUCGCAAGUCCUUGAUUCAUCCUGAAAUCACAGACAGGCAACUAAAGAGCAACGACGAUUUCGUGUGGGCGAUUGAGGUUCCACUGACUGGCAAAUUCAUCAUCGACGUCGAAUUUCUCGACCUCAAGACUGCAUCACCAGACGGAGGAGACCCUUGUUCAAUCUGGGGAGGAGGCCUGACGGAGAGACGUUCAAAUGCGACAGCGCUCUCGUCCCUUGCUCGAAUGUUAACCGAAGCCAUCCACACCGACAUCACCAUCAACGCCUCGGACGGCACCAUAGCCGCACACCGAGCUGUCCUGGCGGCGAGAUCCCCUGUGUUCCGCAGCAUGUUCGCGCACAACCUCAAGGAGAAAGAGCUCUCCACCGUCAACAUAUCCGACAUGUCCAUCGAGGCCUGCCAGGCCCUCAUGAACUACAUCUACGGCAGCAUCAGCCACGAGGAGUUCAUCGCGCACCGCCUCGCAUUGCUCCGUGCAGCAGACAAGUACGACAUCUCCGACCUCAAGGAAGCUUGCCACGAAAGCCUGUUGGAAGAUAUAGACGCGAAGAAUGUCCUCGAGAGGCUUCAGAGUGCUGCACUGUACCAACUGCCUAGACUGAAGGCCAGCUGCAUGAGGUAUCUGGUGAAGUUUGGGAAGAUCUACGACAUUCGUGACGAUUUCAGUGCCUUCUUGCAGUGUGGAGACAGGGAUUUGAUUGCCGAAGUGUUCCAUGAAGUCCUCAAUGCUUGGAAAGGCUUCUAAGAACUAGUGAUCUUCUUCCUUCCACCAUGUGAAUGGUUUAGCUGGGCAUUGGCUUUGGCUGCAGUGAUCCCUGGUUCUGAGUCCCGCUGCUGCUGUUGUUGUAGACAAUGUGUCUUGAAUCAUCAAACGGGCGAUUUAUUUAUAAUGACGAAACUGUGAAGGAUUUAGGUGGGAAGGUAUAAGGGAGGAAAGGAAGGGAACCGUAUAGUAUAUGUUAUAGAUUGCUUGAUUUGUGUACACUUUGAUGAUCAUGACCUGAUUCUUUUGUGGCCAAAGCAUUGAAAUUUGCUGAUUGUACAGAUAAUAUUUAGAUUGAAUUCCUCAGGUGGACAACCAGGCCACCGUGCUCAUAUGAUAUAUGUAUUGCUAUUUAUGUGUACUUAUUAUUCUCACGAUUGGAAUGGAGAUAUGAAAUGUAAUGGUUUUCCACUGAAUGGAAUGGUAUCAUCAUCUUUGUUAUAUAAGCCUUUCUGUGCAAUGUACUAUUUGGCUGCUUUGUUGUGAAGGCAUAGGCAGAUUCAUUCUAUCAAAUAUCAUUUCUAAGCAGACGACAUUGGGAAGGAAAGGAAUCCAUGGGUCUGGAAGGAAAUCAGUCACUAGUUCAGCAGCAGUACCUACCUUCUUCUACUCAUUCGUUACCGGUCCGGUCCGGUCCGGUCCGGUCGUAACCAAACCCGAUCGGCACAACGUGGCCACGGCCACGGCCAACAGGAAGCCAAUCGAGGAUUCGAUGGCUUCGAUUCUGAAUUGGUCGGCCCGACCCAAAUAAAUCCCACAAGAAGCC